CGAAAAUGAAAACCAGUCAUUCUUAGGCCACAUAAAUUUCCGGUUCCGGGUAAAAAUUUUGUACGUGGCUAUCAGCCGGGUGAUAUUAAAGAGAAAAUAGCCAUAAUGGCUAAGCAGAAUGAGCUUAUGGAUAAAGCAGAGGAUGUAGCAGACCAGGUUUUACGGCAUUCUAAACACGUUUUACCACAUGUUGCAAGAUUUUGCCUGAUCAGUACUUUCUUAGAGGAUGGCAUUCGAAUGUGGACGCAGUGGGGCGAACAGCGAGAUUAUAUGAAUAUAUCGUGGGGAUGCGGGUACUUCCUCGGAACAUUGUUUGUUAUAAUCAAUCUUAUAGGUCAGCUUGGUGGAUGCAUGAUGAUUUUGAGUCGGCAAAAAGUUCCCAUUGGAUGUGGAAUCCUAUUCUUUAUCAUAGCUUUACAGACCAUUGCAUACAGCAUAUUGUGGGAUUUGAAAUUCUUGAUGAGAAAUCUUGCUUUGGCGGGAGGAGUGUUGUUAUUACUAGCAGAAAACAAGGCUGAAGGCCGCAGUCUAUUUGCCGGACUACCAUCCCUCGGAGAAAACAACCCUAAACAGUACAUGCAGCUCAGUGGUCGUAUAUUGCUGGUCCUCAUGUUCCUCACACUUCUUCGUUUUGAAAUGGACUUUCUACAAAUCGUGCAGAACUUGGUCGGCACAGCAUUAAUCAUUCUCAUCGCCAUAGGUUACAAGACAAAGUUAUCUGCCCUUGUUCUAGUUGUCUGGCUUACGUGUCUGAACCUGUACUUUAACGCGUUUUGGAAUAUCCCCUCAUACAAGCCAAUGAGAGAUUUCCUAAAAUAUGACUUCUUUCAGACCCUCUCUGUAGUAGGAGGUCUUUUACUAGUAGUUGCAUUUGGACCAGGGGGAGUAAGCAUGGAUGAACAUAAGAAGAAAUGGUAGAAGAAUUAUC